AACAGAGACUGGUUCGGGUGUAAAGCCUCGCGUGUAAUUCCCAAGGUCACUCUUCCCUGUAUCAUUUAUUGGGUAAACGACUGAGUUUUCAGAAAGUGGACAAUUUUUCCCACAAACUCUGACGAUUUGGAUGACACCAGAAAUUAUCCCAGUUUAAAGAUAUUCCUCUCAGUUUUAGUCAUUAAAAUUGCAUAUGGUCUGGGAUACUGCCCGGUUAACCAUACCGAAGCAAGUAAUGAUAAAAGACAGUUUAUGGCAUUGUGCUGUGGUAUUUAAUCGUUACGUGUCAACGUCUAACUGUCCUCCACAACUCCGUUAAUGGGAUUCUAGAGCUAUUGUUACACGAUUAAAUCAAUGUCUCACAAGCGUCCUGAGCACUCACUUCCUCCCGAACUGUACUAUAACAGUGAUGAGGCCAAAAAAUACAGUUCAAAUUCUCAUAUCAUUGAUAUUCAAACGCGUAUCACAGAACGGGCUCUAGAAUUACUUGCGUUGCCUGAAGAUGAAUCAUGCAUGGUUUUAGAUAUUGGAUGCGGCUCCGGUUUAAGUGGUGAAACUAUUACUGAAAAUGGUCAUCAUUGGGUUGGCGUUGACAUAAGUAAAGAUAUGCUUGAGGUUGCAUUAGACAGAGAAGUGGAAGGUAGUUUAGUACUUGGUGACCUUGGUUGUGGAUUGCCGUUUCGUGGUGGAUCAUUUGAUGGGGCCAUUAGCAUUUCUGCAAUACAGUGGCUAUGCAAUGCGGACAGAUCCUCUCAAAAUCCAAUUGCACGUCUAAGAAGAUUUUUCGUCUCGCUGUACAGCAGUCUUACUCGUGGUGCACGAGCAGUUUUACAGUUUUAUCCGGAAUCCAUAGUUCAAGCAGAUCUAUUGCAGAAUGAAGCUACGAGAGCUGGAUUCACAGGCGGUCUUGUAAUUGAUUACCCUAACAGCACGCGAGCGAAAAAGUACUUUUUGGUAUUGGAUGUUUGCAGCACUCGCCGUAUCCCGCAGCCACUUACAGAAAAUAAUGAGAUGUCAAAUCAUAAUCGAAACAAAUUAGAGACCUUGAGAGAAUGUAGACAGAUGAAGAAAUUGCCAAAGCACAGUGUAGCCUGGAUAAAACAAAAAAAACAACGUGCCAGGGAUCAAAUGAAAGAAGUUGCUCGUGACUCUAAAUAUACAGGACGCAAGCGUCGUGCUAAGUUUUGACACAGUUUCUCAUUAAUUUCUUUAAAUUUACGACCUGUAUAUUGUGUACCUCGUUUAUAAUCAUGGGAUUCGACUUCAAAGUUGUUCAAUCGAUUCUCCAAUCAAUCUUCUCCAACACCUUUGUGUUUUUUCAUAUCUAAUUGUCAGUGUUAAAGUUGUGAAAACUUUGUAAACAUUUAAUUAUUCGAGUUCCUCCCUCAGAUUUAUUAGUUCGAUUGUAAGUUAAUAUCUUCCAAUACACUAAUUUCAUACUUAAAAAUAUGUGAUAGUUUUCCAAUCAAAAUCGUGUUUUGCAAUUCUUUAAGUGAUUUAUUAGCUAAUGUUUUAUGUAUUUACCGCGUGCAAUCGAAAUCAUUACUUACGUGUUGAUCAUUAAGACUUACAUUGAAUGAUAUAUAAUUUUGAUUGAGUCCGUCUUUCUUGUUGCUUGUAACGUUUAAUGACGUAAAAUGAGUGUCCACACUAUGAGUGGCAUGUUCUGAAACGUUUGUUGUACCCUUUACUGUUAUCACUGUUAAUCUUAUAAAGCAAUGUGGAAUAUCUGUAUUUAUUGCCAAUAUUUGAUUUCCAAUAAUGUAUUCAUGAGUUUCUUUGACAAAUUAAAGCGUUAUUCUCAAA